AUGACUACACACACCGAAACCACCACCGCCAACAACCUCGGUGCGCUGUCCGCCGAGGGCGACACCACCCCUCCGGGCUUCGUUCCAGGAGGUUUCUCGCGCAGUCCUCACCAGAAAGAACCUCUGACCGUCGCAAGAAUGCCCCGCUUCUCAACCUUGGAGGAUGAACGAAAUUUCCGCAAGCUGCACCAUGCCGCUGCGCUCCGCUGGUUGGGCAAAGAGGGCUAUAACAACGAGGGCGCGGGCGGUCAUGUUACCGUCCGCGAUCCCAUCCUGACCGAUCACUUUUGGAUCAAUCCAUACGCAAAGAGCUUCUCCCGUAUGAAGCCAGAGGACCUGUGUCUGGUAAAUGACCAGGGGGUCGUCGUGCAGGGAGGCAACAUGCAUCACAUCAAUCCAGCCGGAUUCGUCAUCCACUCUGCUGUUCACAGAGCACGGCCGGAUGUUCAGGCAGCGGUGCAUUGCCAUUCGGUUCCCAGCAAAGCAUACGCCGCGUUUGGGAAGAAGCUGGACAUGAUUUCCCAGGAUCAUUGUCGCUUUUACAACGCUCAUGGCGUUUAUGAGGGCUUUGGCGGGAGCGCUCUGGAUCCGCAAGAAGGGAUCAACAUUGCCAAAGCCCUGGGUAAUGGGAAAGCAGUGAUCCUGCAGAACCACGGGCUGCUCGCGGUUUCCAAGACCGUGGAUGGCGCGGCCUUCAAUUUCGGAGCGUUUGACCGAUGUGUCCAGGCGUCGCUUCUCGCAGAAGCUGCCGGCAAGAACAGGGGCUGGGACACUAUCAAGGUCCCCCAUGAGGCAGCGGAGUUCACCCGCAAGGUGUAUACCGACGAAAUGGAAUACAUCACCUUUCAAUCUGCAUUUGAGGAUGUGGUGUAUGAGUCCAAUGGUGAAUUGACUCUGUUGUCGGGUGGCGAGAAGUGGCCUGAAGAUCAUUAA